AUGUUGGCACUUUGUGACUGCAAGAACUGGGCUGGUUUAAGAAGAAUGUGCAUAGAUAAUUCUAAUACUGAUUCCCAUUUAGGAGCUGCUAAUAACCUGAGCUAUGAUGACCUUGUUGAUAUAAUUAUGAAUGAUAAGCCCGUGCCUAAUGCAGUAGAGGUUGAAGAGGUAAUCCUUGAUGAAUCAUGCAGGACAAAAUCUCAGCUUCAACCACGACCCAAACCUUGGGAAGCAAUACAGCCAAGUGGCAAAGAUAUUGAGGUCUAUGAAACUGGAAAAGUUGAAAAUUCUAAAGAUGAAAGUUCUCCUACUGUGGGAAACCAUGCCUCUUAG